AUGUUCAAACUCACAAAGUUGCUCGUUCCAAAACUAUCAUGGCCCCUACUCAAAUUUCCGAUAUCCGGUUUCAAAGUCGUCAGCGAUGCGGUAUUGUUUGAGGAAGAACAGCCUGAGGAGUUUCACAGGGGCGUCUACUAUCCAGUCAAUAUAGGAGAUGUCUUCGCGUCGAAUCGCCAUACUUACACUACCUUGAAAUACAACAUGUUCAAUAUCAAACCAAUGUGGGAUAGUUUCGAGGAUAUCUUGAACAGAAACCCAGCGCACCACUUCACAGGCGAGCUGCUAAAAGCUGGGUUGUCGCAAAAUGUAGACAUAAGAGCUGACACUAUCCUCAUAGAAACUGAGGAUCAGCAUGUCUUGAAAGCCUUUGUACACGCUGAAAUGGCAUCUCCCUCGCGUCGAAAAGUUGUAAACGGCAGGCCAACCUACGCGACACGUCACUUCAGAUUGCCAAAAGAGUAUGGUCGUGUUGUCCUUGGAGACUUCGGCUUUGCAGUUCGUGGCGACAAUCCUCGGAUCUAUGACGCGCAACCAGAUAUCUACCGAUCUGAUAUCUGGAACGUUGAAGCGACCGAUAAACAUCUUUUCUACGGCAUCAAUCCAACCGAAAACCAAUACUUGACUAGAGCUCUAGGCUCUUCCCUGGACUAG